CGAAGCAAAACUGAUACAGUUCCGUCCUGAAGAGCUAACGACGUUAACCGACGGAGAAGUGCUAGCUAGUCACAGCUAACCGGCGACUUCCUCCCCCACCGCGCAGAAACACCCGAGCGGCGCCUCGAAGUCCACGUUAAAACAAGUACGCAGAGUAAUGUCCGUAAUAACGACGAGUGCGGUUAAUAUCAGGUAACGUUUCCGGUAGCCGUUUCGACCGAGCUGUGAAGAAGAGGAGGACUUCCCCAACCGCGUGUGUCGCUUUCUCUCGGAUACCGGCCGCCGUAAAGAAGAAGAGAUGCCUCAGAAACAGAGGACCAAGUCCUGGACGGAGUUGAAACAAGCUGGAAAUGAAUGUUUCAAGACGGGCCAGUAUGGAGAGGCCACCAAUCUUUACAGCCAGGCAAUCAAAGAGCUGGAGAAGUCCAAUAAAAAGAACCCAGAGGAUUUGGGCAUUUUGUACUCCAACCGUGCAGCCAGCUACCUGAAGGAGGGCAACUGUGGCGAAUGUGUGAAAGACUGCAAUACUUCUCUGGAUUUGUUCCCGUUCAACGUGAAGUCGCUGCUGCGCCGAGCUGCUGCCUACGAAGCUCUGGAGCGCUACAGGCUCGCUUACGUGGACUACAAGACUGCUCUGCAGGUCGACUGCAGCAUAGCCGCUGCUAGCGACGGCACCAACAGGAUGACGAAGGCGCUCACAGAGGCAGACGGCCCGUCAUGGAGAGAGAAGCUGCCCCCCAUCCCCACCGUUUCUCUGUCCGACAGAGAGAAACUGUCCCAGAAGAGUACAGCCAACGCUGCGCAGCCCAACCCGACACCCAAGCAGAACGGCACCAGACAAACCAACAAACCUGUUCCCAGUGACAAAGACGCAAAGAAAGCACAAACUCUGAAGGAAGAAGGCAACGUUCUGGUGAAGAAAGGAGAGCACAAGAAGGCCAUAGAGAAGUACAGCCAGAGCAUCAAACUCAACCCCACCGAGCUCACGACCUACACCAACCGGGCGCUGUGUUACCUGUCGGUGAAGCAGUACCGGGACGCCGUCCGGGACUGUGACGAGGCUCUGCUCAUCGACAGCAGCAACAUCAAGGCUCUCUACAGGAGGGCUCAGGCUCACCUGGAGCUCAAGGACAUCAAAGGCUGCGAGGACGACCUGAGCGUCCUUCUCAGGGUGGAACCAAAGAACGUGGCCGCCCUGAAGAUGCUGCAGGACGCACGCAACCAGAAGUGAUGACUCGGGCGGUAAGGAUCUGUCACUGCGCGGCCUACGAGGGGGGGGGGCAGCCGAGCAGUGACACGAUCCGACCGCCUUCGGCCUGCGUUUCCCAAAAGCCUCGUUCAGGCCGAACGUGCGUUUGAUCCGCUGACUCACCGGAACAAACGCCAGCUCGGCAGCGAGCCGCUUCUGGAAAACUCUGCUCCGCCCGAUGGGGAUUCAGGAAGAAGCCUCGAUGAAGGUAUUCUACCGCUUUUAGUGUCACUAAAUUUAUGGUUAUUUAUGCAACGGCUGAGGUUAUUGCCAUGCAUCCCAGUUCUAAACGGAGAAUAAACCUCUACCCGAUGUCGAGCCAUCGCACGGAGCCGCUGCUGGACGCCUAAACACGGAGCUCCGCCCACUUUCCCCACAUCUCACCGUCGAUGGAUGGACCACAAACUUCUUAGACCAACGCCGCGUCGUAUUCUGACAUCAGGCCUCCAUGAACCAGAAGAAAUAAUGUAGUUGUGAUAUGAAUAAAUACAACAAUCCACUGUGCUCUUUCAUUAUAUCUGGGUGAGGAACAUGAAUACAACUAGAUGGCAAAACUGCCCCAUUGGGCACCCUGUUCCACAUUAGCAGUUCAUCUUCCGUUUAGAAUUAAGUGUAUAUUGAAGCCUGAUCAUAAAUCCCCACAAGUAAAUGACCAUUUUUAACUUGUUCUCCACCGUUUGGUCCUCUGAGGCUUUCGGUUGUUUCUCAGCAUGGCGAUAUGCGCUAUCUGUUCACUAUUGUGUUUAAAGGCGCGUGGGAUCCUCCUGGUCUACAUCUGUUUUUGGCCGCUGAACCUUUGAGAUAUUGGGGUGAUUAUCAAGAACUGGGUCACAAUGUCAAACAAGUUCCAGGCAGUUGAUUCUCGUGAACGAGUCAGUUUUUAAAGCUCUGCGUUCAGAGCCUGAGGGGCACCAAACAUUCUUACCUUUACAUCUGUAUUGCUUCAAUUGUUUGACCUUUAGGGUCUGUGCAUCAGUUUCUUUUUGAAUGACAGCAUCCUGACGUCGACUCAUUGGUGAUCCUGCUGUAGCUUGGCAAUCUCUAUCUUGCCCAAAGUGCCUGUCGCUCGCUCCCCAAAUGCAAAUGUCUUUGUUUUCUCACCAUCCUGCUGUUUGUAACUUUAUUUAGUUUCAGUCACCCUGUUUGAACUGCAAAUAAAAACAAACUAAGAACUGGAUUUGUCACAUGUCAAGAAAAGUGUUAAUAAAGAUCAGUCAUAAAAAGAAA